GUUACUUUUUUGUACUACUAAAACCAUUAAGAGAAUUCAGUUUAUUCUGACAUGAAGAUUUGGCCUUUUUUCACAGAUAAUCAACAAAUAAAAAUGUCUGACAGAAUUGUAGAUGAGGAACCAGCGGCCGUCACUCACACAGGACCAAAGGGUGUCAUCAAUGACUGGCGUAAAUUUAAACUGGAGAGCAUGGACCAGGAGGCUCUGCCUCCCAAUAAGAGAGAGCUGCUUAGACAGAUGUCGUCCCCCCACAAACCCAAAGACUCCUGUGUGGGUGGAUUCAAUCGCAAGAUGAGCGCUCAGGAGUAUGAACUGAUAAAGGAAGAUGAUGAGAAAAGUCUGCGUAAGUACCGCAAGCAAUGCAUGCAGGAGAUGCACGAGCGCCUCAGCUUCGGGCCCAAAUUUGAGGGCGUGUACGAACUUGACAGUGGCGAGGCCUUCCUGGAGGUCAUUGAGAAGGAGCACCGGCUCACGGUGGUGGUGGUGCACAUCUUCAAAGAUGGAGUGCAGGGGUGCGAGGCGCUUAACAGUUGCAUGGAUUGCCUGGCCACAGAAUAUCCCAGCGUUAAAUUCUGCCGCAUUAGCGCCGCUGCCACUGGAGCUGGCGAGCGUUUCUCAGAUGAUGUGCUGCCCUCCUUGUUAGUGUACAAGUCUGGAGAGCUUCUGGGGAACUUCCUGGCUGUUACGCAGCAUUUCAGCGAGGAGUUCUUUGCCACCGAUGUAGAGGCCUUCCUCAAUGAGUAUGGAUUGCUGCCAGAGAAGGAAUGUGGCCCUGGAGCUGAUGAGGAUGAAGCAGAUGUGGAGUGAUGAAAGAUGGCAGAGAGAAAGAAUGGCUGAAAUGAAUAGGAGGAAUGUUUUUCGGAAUAUGACAAGAAUAAGUUUCAUUAUUCUUCCAGCUAACGUGAUGAGAUGCUUCUGUGUGCACAUGCAGCUCAGGGUAAAGAUCUCUUUGAGCACAGUACAGAAAACGACUGAAUGUUUUGUACAGUACAACAAGGAAUGGAAUAAAGCAGAGAAAGAUAAUGAGAUAUUCAAACAUCAUGUUUUCUCAUAUAAAUAAAUAGACAACUGCAUAAAUUUGAAAUAGACAAGAAUAAAGUAGUGUCAUGUGGAAUACUUAUGCACAUAUUGUACAUGUGAUUGCAUGUAGCCAAAGAUAAUGUAAAUAAGAAUGGUCCAUGAUCAGUUCUUCUGAAAUGAAUGAAAAUGUGCUCACCCUUUUGUCAUUCAAGAUGUAGUUUUUUUUUUCUUCAUUAGAACAGAUUUGGAGAAAUUUUGCAUUAUAUCACUUGCUCACAAAUGUAAGUUCUGCAGUUAAUGGGUGCUGUCAAAAUGGUCCAAACAGCUGAUAAAGACAUCACAAUAAUCCCCAAGUAAUUCACAUUACUGCAGUCUGUUAAUUAGCAUGUUUGUAAGAAAUAAAUCAAGGCAUUUUAAUUUUAAACCAUUGAUUCUGGACAAAAUAUGAAUCCAUAAAAAUACAGAAAAUCUUGUCUUAAUGAUCUGUGCAUAUUUCUGUCCUAAUUCACAUAAGAUGAUUUUUUUACUGCAAAAAAUACAUUUUACAGUAUUCAUCUAGAAUGCCUUAAUGAUGAAUUUGUUGAUUACAAACAGCAGAUUUUCACUUGACAUAGCAUUAAUUGAUGGACUGCAGUUGAAUUGAUUACUUGAGGAUUAUUGUGAUGGUCUUUUUAGCAGUUUGAACUUUCAUUCUGAUGGCACCCAUUCACAGAAGAGGAUCUUUUGAUGAGCAAGUAAUGACAUGCUAAAUUAUGUAAAAUCUCCAGUUUUGUUGAAGAAAUAGAUUCAUCUACAUUUUGGAUGACCCAAGGGUCAGUAAAAAUUUUGGAGGUGAAUAUAAUAAGCAGAAUCCUAUAGAUAAGCAGCAUUCCAAGUAAUAUUUGAUUGUGUGGUAUUGAUGGAUUUUAACCUACAUUUGGUUUGCAUACAUGAGCAGUCUUACUGUAAAUUUGUUUGGCUGGAAUUUUGCAUAAACCAGGAUUUUAUGUAAACUAUUUUAGGCAUACAUAAAUAAAUGCAAAUGGAAACAUUGAACAUUUCCCCUGCUUCGAAAUUUAGUAAAAAAAAAAAAAAAAUCUAUUACUCAUACACAUGCUCCACUUGCACAAAAAAUUACAUGUCACCCCUGAAGAAAGCAUUAGAAGAACAGAAUCAAUCAAGAAAGUAAUAAAGUAAAAUUCCAGAGA